AAAGUCUGCAUCUUUGUUGCGGCAUCAAUCCACUACUUUUAUUUGGCUGGCUUUGCGUGGAUGUUAAUGGAAGGGAUCUAUCUAUAUCUAAUGGUUGUAAAAGUGUUCAACACACUUGUCAAGAUGAGGGUAUUCUACGCAUUUUCUUGGGGUACGUAAAAUCAUCUACCUUACAGUAUUCGACUGAUUUCUCCCAGGCGCAGUUGAGGCCUCAAAUGUAAUAAAUGACCCUAAAUGAAGAAAUUAAGUGUAAUUAAUACCUUUUCGACCUUAAUGUAAUAAAGGUCCUGGAUGUAUAAAAGCUUUGUUACUAUGAUAACGAAGCUUGAGUGUGUAAAAUAACGUAACUAUAAAAAGGAGAUCUGUACUUUAGUACUUCUUCGUGAUCAUCCUUUAAAAUCCUCUGGUAUUCAGCUACUGUUUUCGCCCAAAUAAGACCUUUCUUCCCCAUUUGUUAAAAUAUCCCGUCUUAAAAAAUAGAGCACGAACGUAGAGCACAAUGACUACUCAAGACAUAAAAAUGGUAACACAGCCGCCCAUACCAUCCCCAGUCUAACUUCUUUUCACGUUGCCCAAAUUAAAUAUUACCCGUUGUUUACUGCCCAAUGCUAAGUUUACUGAUGCCUAAGCCUUGUUUUCAGUUUCCCUUGGAAAACCUGUAAUACCCAGGAGAAACUGGAAACAAUUUUUAUGCAAAAUUUUCGAAGAUAAAUAAGGUGUAUAAUGGGCAAUGUGAAAAUUGUAAAUUUACCUUUUUCACAUUGCCCAUUAUACACCCUGUCUAUAAAGAUUUCAAUAUGGCGUGCAAAGUGAAUCGCGUAGCUAUGAAAUUAUCCCAUCAGCCCGUUGCAUGUUCCAGUCUCUGUGACUUAAUCAAGUUUAGGGUCAGUGAACAUUAUAUUGUGAUAGGUUUGAACGCAGGAGUCAUUUCAUAGGUAUUACUGUUGGGACUUUCAUUACAUUUAGGGUCAAAAUAUAUUACACUUAGGAUCGACCUUUUUUUUACAUUCAGGGUCAUUUAUUACAUUUGGGGCCUCAACAUUAAUGUUUUAAUGUGUCAGCUAGUAAAAGCACACACCUCCUUUCUUUAGGAUUCCCGUGUGUUGUGGUACUGUUGUCGCUUGUUUUAGCGCACAUCACAAAUGAAGGCAUAACGAGCUACGUUCACAGUGAUUUGUAA